GACGCUGAAACUAUUGUCUUUUCACUAACUGUGGUUGAGUUAUUUAUAAUUCCGUAGAUCACGCCGACCUGCCGAUAUGCCAAAAUGCGUAAACACUAGGUCUAUAUAUAAUCCUCGAGCAGCGCUCUGAUUGGCUGCCAGCGUAUAUGAUUAUCACAAAGCAUGUGACACGCUCUGUAGCUCAGCUCACACUUCGAAGGGAAAGUAAAUUAUUCGGCAGAAACUUCAGACGCCUUGCAUAUUGUAAGCAAGAUGGAGCAUAAUUUGACAGCCGUCGUGGAAGAGACGGAGCAUGAAAUAACGGUUGCUGGGACGCAAACACCGAACGAGCAAGACAACCAUGGACACGGAGAGAAAUUUCGCGUGGAUCGGAGAAAGCUUGAACAAAUGUUGCGAGAAUGUGGCGAAGACGGGCGUAACUCGGCCGACGAUUUUUUUAACCAGAUCAUGGGCGAAACAGACACCGUGAUAAGCUGGCCGACAAAAUUAAAGAUUGGGGCAAAGUCCAAAAAAGAUCCACACAUUAAGAUAGCUGGUCUACCUGAAAAUGUCAAGAAAGCGAAAGAUAUGGUCGGCGCUAAACUCGAGUCAAAGGCGAAUCGUGUUACACUAAAAAUGGACGUUUCCCACACAGACCAUUCUCAUAUUAUUGGACGCCGUGGUCAGAGCAUUAAUAAAGUUAUGGACGAGACGAAUUGUCAUAUCCACUUUCCUGACUCAAAUCGAGGUUCAAUCAGCGUUGAGAAAAGUAAUCAGGUUUCCAUUACCGGUCAACCAGAGGGGGUCGAAAAAGCCAGAUUAAGAAUAAGAGAAAUGCUUCCACUGGUGCUGUGUUUUGAAAUACCCGAUUAUGACAAUAUGUUCCUACCCCUUGAUCCCAUGAUUCCGUCAAUCCAGAACAUCGCUCAACAAUAUGAUGUCACAUUCACGCCAAAGGGGAGAACUCAAGUAGGGUGUCUUGUGGUCGCAGUUCGGGGCAGUCAGGACAGAGUGGCGUAUAUGCAGGAAGCCAUGGCAUGUCUUUCCAAACAGCUCACCGGAUCCUCAGAGAUUCCAAAUGUUGUUCAGUUACAUCUUGAUGUAGCACCACAACAUCACAUAUUCCUGGUCGGCCGUUCAGCGUGCAAUAUCAGGGAUAUUAUGGAGCAAACAGGGGCAAAGAUUGAGCUCCCGGACACUACUAGGAGUAACGCACGAAAUGGAAUGAUCACUGUAACUGGACCAAUACACUCUGUGAUUCAAGCUAGAUCCUCACUUGUUAACUGUCUGCCGUUGCUGUUAAUGUUUGAUCUAAAGGAAGAAGAAUCAAAGUUCCUUCAAGAUCAACCAGAUAAAGUGAAGCAGAUUGAAACGAAAUUUUGCGUGUCGAUAACGAUAAAACCGAAGCCAAAGCAAUCAAGCAAGUCUGUUACAAUAAAGAGCAAAGAGGAAAAUGCUCAGAAUAUGUAUCUAACUCGACUUGAGAUCUUGGGUAACCCCAUGAACCCUCACAUUAUGCAACACCCACCUCCCAUCUCUUUGCCCUUCGCCCAUCAUGGCACACCUUGGUAUGCUAAUAUCCAGACUAGUCCCUACGUCUCACCCCUUGCAUCCCCCACUCCACAUUCAAUAAGGUCAAACUCACCGGUUCCUUUCACACGUCGGCUGUCCCCACCUAAUGGUCAGAGUCGCCCUCCCCCCGGAUUUGAUAUUUGGCGUCAUCAUCAUCGCUCUGAAAGUUUCAACAACGGGGAUUAUCACAGACGAUCAAACUCAGCUGAUACGGAACUCUCAAAAAUUGUUCGCACUGCUGCUUCAGAAGGAGGAUCCCCAACUCAGUCGUUCGACUUCACGCAUGCUCGAAGAAAUUCUGAGCCAACGCCAUAUGCUGACGUGUGGAAUACGUCACCUAAUUCAAGCCAAAGCAAGGCCCCAGGCACUCGUACCAGUCCUCCAUCGCUUGUGGCUUCCGCUCCUAAACAACGGUACGCCAUUCUUGAUGGGAUAAAGAAUGCUGGAUCCCACCGGCUUCUGGAUUCCCAUGGUUCAAAUCCCUCUAGCUCUUUUGAUUCUGUCGCCUCCACUUCGCUGAACUUGGAUCGAAUGAUGGAUUCAGCCCCACAAAACAAGUUUGUUGACUACGAAAAGAAGAAGGAUUUAUCCACUGAAGUGAUGAAGGGGAAGAUAGCUCACAAUCAAAUCCGAGUACCAACUGAUAUGUGGAGUGGAUUGCAUCUCUCCAAAUCAACCGAUUUUCAAGCGAUAAAGAAAUCCGAGGUCGAAAAAGAGGCGAUGGAAAGAAAAUCGCCGACACAUGAGAACAGUGCAAAACCAGAGCUUGAGCGAGCUGUACGUCGAAACCCAAGCGCUUCAAUGCAGGUUUCCAGGGAAAGGAAAAAUAUUGAAAGUCCUUUCAGUUCAAAGGCCAGUGCAAGCGUCGUAACGUCAUCAGGUCUUGAAGAAGUGCUUAGUGUGUAUCGUUUGGAGGAUUUGGCUGACCGUUUCAAGCGUUUAGAGAUAAAUAGCUUGGAUGUAUUCAUAUCGUUAACAAAGGAUGAUUUAAAGGAAGCUGGGUUUGAACCUCUUGGAUUAAGGAAACGAAUAGAAAACGCCAUUGAAGAUAUGAAAAAAGUUAAACAAAACGCCAUCAGAGACUCAGUGAACUACAGAGCUCAGAAUUAUCGUGUUGGCAAUCCUCUUCAAUUCGGGGCCCGUAGUGGUCGCUUUUAAAUCCAUUCCUUCCGCGUGUAUUGAGCCUUUUGAUUGGCUGCUUCAGCCUGCUUAGUUGUGGCGUCAAGACUUGAAAUAUUUCCGUUACAAGCGGUUUUCAGGUGGGACCCUGGUACCUAGGCGAAGACUAUGAAGUAAAAGAUGAGAUUCGUCUUCUCGCAUUCGUAACUAAACUUGCGUCCAAAAAGUUUUUUAUUUAAUUUAAGCAGGUUUAAAACCAUCUGUGCGUACGAAUGGUUCCUCUGGUGUCACUGGUCUCUCAAACUGGACUAGGUUGAGUCUGCUUCUUUUAGCAUUUCACGGGCAUGAAAUAAUGUGUUUUUUGUCCAUUGUCUCUCAAUUCACUUUUCCAGCAACCUCUGGACGAUGGAAAUUUGCAGAGGAUAUUUGAGGGCAAGUUGUAUUUUUUCACAUGCCUAGCGUGAUAAUUCACAUGCCUAGCGUGAUAAUUCACAUGCCUAGCGUGAUAAUUCACAUGCCUAGCGUGAUAAUUCACAUGCCUAGCGUUCUGAUAAUGUCAGCUUGGAAUAAUAAAGAUAACAAAGUCAUAUUUUUGGAUACCAUCUCGAUGAAUCCAGUUGAUGUAAACAAUGAAAGCUCAUACAAGAGAAUUGACUGCAAUGGGGCAUAAAUAUGCAUUAGGUCAUUCCGUGCAUCUGAGCUUUGAUAUUUAUAACAAUGAAUUGAGUGACUUCACUAUUUUCUGACAUUAGAAAGCAGCAUACGAAAGUUGACUUGAUAUAGUAAUUUAAAGUAGUUUAUUAUUCGACCAGAAAGGGCUACCGAGGUAAAUAAAUAUGAGCCCUGGAUGAGGUCGAAUGAACCUUUUGCGAUCACUGGUGCAGCAAAAGGAAUAGACAGUUUAUAGUAACUAUCAUUUGUAUAAGCAAAUUACAAUAAUAGUUAUGAAACAAGUCUUGAAUGAUUCCUUAUGGAAAUAAACGAUAUGAUGUGGUCUUUUUCGAUAACUCAUUUUUAGCGGCAGUUCAGAGUUUUUGCGCCAAAAAGAAUUCAUUAUUCUGGUACGAAUAAGCGGCCAGUGGAA